GGGAAAAAUAAGCCAAGGGGCAAUUUCUAAAUAACACUUAUAACAGUCCUUUUAACCAAAAAAUGGACUUAAGAAAAACCAAACUGUCAAGAGAAGAGAGUGAAAAUUAGAAGUUAAACAUGGAUUGAGUCAGUGAGAUGAAUAAGGCGGAAUAAUAUUAAGGUGGCGAAUUGGAGAUGGAGGUCGGGUUUAUGUUUACCCAUCUCGGGAUUUUCUUACUUUUUUAUUUUCUUCUUCUCUCUCUACCCAUCCUGGUGAUCUGGGCAUACUGCAUUCGCUCGUUGGAUCAUUUGGAUACCAAUUUGAUCUUUAGCAUCACAUUAUCUAGUUAAUUUCAACUUCAAAUUUAAUCGCUUUCGUGGUUUACAGCGGCGGCAUUUCCUUUUCCUUUGAUUUUUCUUUUUGAAUUGUGAUCAAGGAAUGGAAGUUGCACAGAAGGUGUUCGAUGUUAUGCCCCUGAAAAGUGUGGUUUCUUCUGUUACAUUGAAAGUAAUGUCAAUGGCAGCCUUAAAUACUUCUGGUUGGUAGGUUAUUGUUGCAAUCUCUGUGCCUCGUACUCCAACAUCAUCUCCACGAACCCAUUUGAUUCGGAUCACCUCAGCUCAGCUGUUAAGAAUUUUAUGCUCAGAUUUCUGAAACCAUUGAAUGAAGCUGUCUUCUCCUAGGGGAUAUAUCUUUGUUGGAUUGAUAAUUCAGUAAGGUGAUUACCUGAAGAUAAGGUGUUAUGGGUCUGGUAAGGUGAGACUUGAGAGCCAGCCUGCUAUCUGUUUGGGAUCCGUGGCAGCUGCUCCUUCCUACGUGAUCCUAAGCAUCCCGAACAAUGCUAGCAGCACUCCGGAGGACGCUUCAAAGCAUUCACACUUCAAGACAACCUCCGCAGCUCACCAGGUUUAUUCUUCUUCCCCCCAAGUAUGUGAAGGUGGAAUUCACUGAUGAGAGUGUAUUCAAUCUGUCGGCUGAGUUUCUUCGCACACAUAGCCCUGCAGUUGAUGGCAAAAUUAGGUCAGUGGCAGGCGAAAAGGUAAUAUUUGGGCGACGCCACGUGGGGAUCAUGUCUGCAGAACCUGUAGGAAACUAUGGAGUAAGAAUAGUUUUCGAUGACUUGCAUAAAACAGGUAUAUAUACAUGGGAUUAUUUGUUUCAUCUUGGAAGCAAUAAGUUUACCCUAAUGAGGAAUUACAUCAAGACCCUGAAGAAGCAUGGCCUUAGCCGGGAUCCCUCGAGAAGAAAAUGAUUGAGGAAUUUUCAAUCGUUGGUUUUGUUAGACUAUUGUUUGCAUAAAGGGGCAUCAGCGUGAAGGAACCUAGCUAGGAACUGUGACAAUGGAAUGAUGUUUCUUAACUGUGACAAAUUCAUAAAUGCAAAUCUCAUCUCAAGCUCAGCAUAGAGAGCACACUAAUGAGAAGCAACAUAGGGGGCAGAGAAGUUAUUUCAUGCAAGGAGAAAUAGAGAGAGAUUGCUAGCUCAGAGAGCCUUUUUCCCUUAUUUGUAUUCAGUUAUUUGUUUUCCUCGUCUUCAGUCCACAUGGAUUCUAAUUUACCUCAGUAAUAAUCUUAAGAAAAAAGGAAGUCAUUAUUUUUAGAAAUUACACAUUAUUAAGCAUUUGAGUUUUAUUAGAGUUA